AUGCUAAUCCUAGAAAUUAAGGUGGUGGAAGAAUUUAUUUGUCCAAAAGAUAAAGAUGCAGUCAUCGAGAAACCUGACAAUACUGUGAUCACAUUACAAAGCAGCAUCGGUCAGGACCUGCAAUACCUGUGGACUGUAAGGUGGAAACCGCUUAAAGCGCCGACACAGCGCUUCACCUUGAUGCUAUGGAAAACGGUCCGAGCGCUUCAAGCGCAACUGAAUGCGCCUCAAGCGGAGCCCUCGGUCUAUGUCAUCGAGAACAGUGAGCUACUAAGCGGUGUUGACUACACCUUCUACGUGUCUGAGGUAGGAACUGAUGCUGAUCCCAAAUCAUUUCACAUCGAUAACACUCAAGGGGACCAAAAACUGCUAAUAGAAGGGAGAAACGAUAUGAUGUCCAUCAUCUUAGUGGGUGGCCAGGAAACGUAUGUGGACGUGGAGUUUGACCUGGAAGCGCAAGUUACGGCUUGUUUUCCAACUCAAGACUACUAUUUUAUAUGGUCAAUAACAAGCGAGAACGGCGACACUGUUGGUGUUUCCCAAACAGACGGGGCGCGGCUUCAAAUCCCUCGGGAUACUCUGAAAGCUGGUUCCACUUACAAUGUCAACUGCCAACUAAUCCAGAAUACUGAUGGGCACCAUAUUACGCAGACAGGAGUAGCAUUCAAAGUGACGCCGCGAGGCAUAGAAGCUUACUUUAACUUUGAUUAUCUCGUAGUGAGCACGAACCAAGCAUUUAGUAUGGAUGCUUCUAUUGUUAACCAUGACAACUUUGAAGAUAUAAUGUUAGAGUGGACGUGUUUACAUGAAAAUGAGAGCUGCGCUCAUCUCGGAAAUAUCACUGGAAACACAAUUCUAUUUCUAGAAGGCUUACCGGAACUCGGCGAAUUAAAGUGGUGUCCGGGACCAGCCACCUUUGCUAACCACAGCCACAGCCACAAAGCAUUUGCGGCUUUCGUCAUUUCUGGAACGACGAGUACGAUAUUGAAAGGCUGUUUAAUGCCUUUGUUUGCUCGUUAUUAUAUAACUUUAAUGGUUAGUGUGGUAGAUACCUCAAUAUCAACAAAUUCGACAAUAACCGCCGUGGACUCUGAUUUACCAGUUAUCCAGAUUCAGUCAGUUAAGCGCCUUUUAAAUGAAGGCACUAUGGUCAGUUUAACUGCUAAUGUAACCAACGUACCUCCUACUUGCAUCUUGACUUGGUAUUUUGCUUCUAAAGAAUACCUUUACAAUUACGUCUUGGUCAAUGAUACUUGUGAAGAAUGUCAGUACGGAGAAGCACUAACAGAAUCAAUGACGAUUCAGUCAUUGGAGGAGAAUUUUCUUAAUGAGCUGAUAGAUUACACCAACGAAACUCAAUGGCGGUCAGUCACCGCGGAUCUACAGACGACGGUCGCAGGCCGCGCGCGUUUCAUUGCCCAGUGUGGAUGCUCCCUAACGUUCAAUUGUGAUAGAAAAGGUGUAGUGUACGCAGAUGUCAAUUUUAUGGUGAAUACGAGUCCUAAAACUAGGGAACUGAUGAUAACACCAGAGACGGGAACAGCACUGGAAACAGUGUUCAGAAUAAGUACUCCUCCAGCCAGUGAUCCCGAUGGGAUCCUUCGCUAUAACUUCUACUGCAGGGUUGGAGUAGAAGACUCUUUGCUGCUGGCCUCCUAUGUGGAACAUCGAGCUGUCGAAACACUUCUUCCAUAUAUAGACGGUGGUACAGAAAUAUGGAUAGAAGUUUGUGAUGUCCUCGGAGCCUGCGCCCCCACUGACAUGAAGAUAGUAGACCUGGCUUCAGGCGAGGGUCGCACGCUGUCCACUUUGAUUGGCGACGCUGCUGCUCAUGUCAGAAGAUGUGAAUUGCUCCUGUUGACCAGAGUUGUUCAGUCUGCUGUUGUUACAUAUGAGAAUACCUGUCAACUUGAUCUAUUGUCAGAGUUCAGCACAGCUCUGUUGCAAUCUCUGCAAACUAUUGACAAGGACAAAUGCUUGGACAGGAACUACGAGAAUUUUGUUACCUUAAUGACUUGGCUUCAAACACACGACGUGGACACAAGCAGUAUCGUUUAUUAA